AUGAAAACCAAAAGAUUUCAGUGGGCUAAACAACUUCAGGAGUGGACAAGUGAGGGUUGGGCUAAGGUAUGUGGAAUGAUAUGCAAUUUGGUACACAUGGUUCAGAUAUGCUUCAGUGGAGAAUCUGUAUGCACUGUGAUGGAAGAAAGCAGUCAGUAUGUUCAUCACAGACCUGAAGAACAGUUCAAAGCUGAGUGUGUGCAGCAAUGUGUGAAGCAUCCAACUUCUGUUAUGGCUUGGAGUGUGAUGUCCUUGAAAGUUCCUGGCAGAGUACACACUAUUGAAGGGACAAUGAGGCAAGAACAAUAUAAAGAAAUCCUUGAAAGGAAACUUUUUCACCAAAUAAAUGAGUGGUUUCCUCACAAGGAUACAAUUUUUAUACAUGAUGGGGCACCAUGGAAUAGCCCUGAUAUGAACCCAAUUGAAAAUGUAUGCACUGUUGUGAAACAGAGAAUAUGGACAUUUACAAUAACCACCAAACAAAAUCUCAUGGAGAAACUAGAGGAAAUCUGA